CCGACUGCUCUUGCAGACCCUACAAUGAAGCCAUGAUAUACUAGCGCGUUCGCUCUUCGCCAUGGAGCAGACUUUCUCGACCUCAAAGGUCAACGUCGAGUAUUUUGAUCCUCAUGAUGUGUACAAGCUUCUCGCACCCGGCCUGGUACCUCGGCUACCCCUUCGCAACCUACAUUGGCAGUCCCACGCCGGCCCCUUACGGUCCAUCGACACUCUCCAUAUAGAGCUCACCGCAAACAGCGAUUCUGCCGAAGCAUCAGUCACAUCGCCCGCGAAUCCCAAUCCACCACGACUCGAGCGAACCGACAGCUUCGGCCCGAGUGAUGAUGGCUUCCAGACCCAGAUUGGCACCAGCCCCUCAGCAGCCACAUCUGCCGAGACCAAGUCGGCGCCUAAACGCCUGAGUGUGCCGAUCCGCAGGCAUCAGAUCCCCGGUCUGAGGAGAACACCCUACUUAAAGGUUCUUCUCGUGCGAUGCGAUGACAACGACUCAUACAAGACGAAGGUACGAGCCGAGGUGCGGGAGUGGAUCAAGAACAACACACCUCCCACGUCGAGCUCCAAAAAAGCCAAUGCCGCCGAGAACCAUGACGCCUUCGAGUGGCUCAUCGUCCACGUGGUCAUUCCCAACACGGUCGCUGCAACUCAGCCCAGAAAAUCCAGCUCCGAGUCGGGCUCGGAGAAGAGCAGUACAUCCAGAUGGCGUCCGGGUUCGAGCACGCUUCUGGAAAAGUUUAGGUCAGACUUCAACAGCUCAAGCAAGAGCUCGGUUGACCGCAUUGCUCAGAUCCGCAUUGGUGUCAAUGAUGUGCCAUAUGACAGCCUACCACGCGUGGUGCCGGCACCACCAUCAGGCUACACCGAGUCCGAGCAGGAGAGCAGAGCUGCCUGGGAGGAUCUGUUGACCAAGUUCCGGAGCUUAAUUUUGUCUAGCUUCGACUCCCGCGUCAGCCAGUACGAGGAAGACAUCAAAGAACGCGAUGGCCAGAGGAGCCUGCCGGGCUGGAACUUUUGCACCUUCUUCAUCCUCAAGGAGGGCCUAGCCCGCGGAUUUGAAAGCGUUGGGCUGGUUGAAGAUGCCUUGGUCGGCUACGACGAGCUAAGUGUUGGACUCGAUGUGGUUGUGAAUGAGCUAGCACUUGGUGACUCUCGAUCAACCGCAAACGCACUGCCCACGUACACUGAAGAGCUAAAGAAGAUCGCUCAGAAGGCAAGGGCGGCCAUGGCAGGUUCUGACUUGCAGUUUGAGGAAGAGACCGUGGAUUUGCAAUCCGGCCAGAGUGCAUCCUCAGAGAUGAAAUCGGAACUUGACGAGAUCCCCGUGAGCUCAAGCAAGAAGCCUUACCGCGAGAUGAUCCUCGCGAACAAUGUUUCAAUCUUUGACUUUCGUUGCUACAUCUUCGCCAGGCAAGUAUCGCUCCUUUUGCGACUUGCUAACGCUUGGUCGACAAGGGAGGAACUGCUCGCGAAACUUAAAGAGCAACAAGAAUCAGUUCUCCUUGGCGUCGCCCCACGACUACCGCCCCCGAAGCAGAAGGAAAGCGAGCAUGAAGUACUUCUUAUGCUGGCCGAAAUCUGUAGACGGACUCUAGAGUUCAUCCCCGCAGUAUCGCAAGUUAUGAGGAGGGACAUACUGGCCGCUCUUGCGCAAAUCAGCAAGGAGGACGGUGCUGAGGCGGCAGUUUCAGACCCCGUGGUCAACGAGGUCAUCGACAACAUGGUGGCUUCUUUUGGGUUCAACGUUGCCCAGCAGAUUCUUGCUCAAUCUGCAACAAAGGCUUUGCCUAUACCGCCCUCUUCCUUGACACCCUCCAAUGCUCAAGAGCCAAAGUCAACAAUCCCUGAGCCCAAGACCAUGAUGCAUCCAGCUAGAGGCUCUUCAUUACGAGUUCGGACGGGUCCGACGUCUGUUCGGCCACCCUCAAGCCCUGAUGCGCUUCCGGGUCCUCACACAAGUGUUCCGGACGACGACCCAGCCACCAACAACUUCAUCAAGGCAGGCUUAGAAGAGCUUGCUGCUAGGAGAGCAGAGCUCUAUGCCCUCUCGCGAAACAUUUUGGAAGAGUCUGGCAAAAAGCGAGGCUGGGACAGCGGCUGGGCUACAGUCCCUGUAAUCGGCGAGUCUACCAUGGUCGACAUGGUUGAAAUCGACCUGGCAGACGACGACACAGUGGCUAGCCCAAAGUCCGGUGGAAGAUCAACACCGUACACCUCGAUUCACGGCGUUGACAGCAAGCUGCUCAGCACAGGUCUGGACAACAAAGACGACUUUUACCGCCUGUACGAAACGCUGACGGACAAGACCCUACGUCAUUAUACUGUCGCGAACCAUGAUCAUUCGGUGCAAGCAAACAUGGCAGACUUGGCUGUUCUGAAAUAUCACCUGCAAGAAUACAAUGUGGCAUCCGCCUACUUCUGGAGAGCAACACCUUUCUUUGGCGAAAGCGGCUGGACUCUGCUUGAGCUCUCAAUGCUCGUCAUGUACACGGACUGCCUGAAGAGGCUCGGCAGGAAGGACGAAUACGUCAAAGUCAUGCUCAAGCUGCUCUCCAAAGCUGCGAGUGCGGAGAGGGAGAGGCUGGAGAGUAAGGCCGUGCUGCACAUUGCCCCACGCAAAGUCGAAUAUCCCGAUACGGACGUAAUCAAAGGUUUCUUGCCUGACUUGCAGGCGGAAGUCAAAGAAUUAUCCAAAGACACAUUGAUGCCGCUUUCCAGCUUCUUUGCCAAGUUGGAGGUUGCCGGCAUUGACUAUCAUGACGGUCGCGAUGGUGUUACUCUAAAGCUGGACCUACAAAGUCUUCUGGCUGAUAGUCUCGAGCUGACGAAAGCUCGUGUCAGAGUCGCGAGCAAAUCAAGCGGUAUGCGCCAAGAGAUAUGGUUCGAAAGCUCAGGUAUGAACGUUAUAGAGCCCGGAAAGACCACACUACGUCUGGACAGCAAUGUCUGUAUCCCGGGCUCGUACGAGGUCGAUCGAGUUGAGCUCCUCGCAGACAAGCUUUGUCUCUUCCAUGACCGGUCACUCGGACAAUCACCAAAGGCGCCGGGAGAGUUGCUCACGUCGCCGCAAGUGGCACUGUACCAUCGCGCAGAGGCACUAGAUGUCAGGCUUUCUGCAUCGCAGCAUAUUCAACUUGACCGCAAUAACACGGUUGAUAUUGAUCUCGAGUCCGGAUGGAACGAGAUCGUCAGCGCCGAGAUCCGGGUCAAGGCUGCGACUGGGGGACUGCGUAUACUAACCAGCGAGGCAAAAUGCAUGGAUGACAGCAUCGAAUUCUCGAGGUCGUCGGAAAGUGGUUGCUUCCAGUACGGGGCCGUGCCGGCCGGGACAACAGUCAAAGUGCGGUUUCCGUAUACGGUGGAGCACGAGGUCCUGCAUGUUGCAGUACGAAUCGAGGUGUCCUACAAGACUGCGCACGGCGAAUACAGCUUCUCAAAGUCGCCAAGUGUGCCCGUCUCUUUGGCUCUGGGCGUCAAUGUGCAGGACAUUUUUAAGCACAACGCCCUCUUUUCGCGAUUUACAGUCUCCACUGCCAGCCAGAGCCCCAUUCGUGUGUACGAAGCCGACUUGCAGAAGUGCGAGCUGUUCGACUCGGAUUUCGGCCUACCACCACAAGAUCCCAUCGUCAUCUUCCCCAAGCAGCCAGCAAGCCUACUUUACAAGAUCAAGCGACGGGCGGGCGUCAAGAUUGACGCCAAGGUCACAAAGACCAUGUAUCUAAAGCUGGCAUACAGUGUACUUCAGGACGACGUCGAGCAGGUUCUUGCCGAGAGCAUCCAAGCGGAACUGAAAGGCACGCCACUGUCCACUUACUCGAGAUUACUCACCACGACAGUAAUCCCUCACAUGCAUCAAGGCAUGUCGAGUCACGACCUCGAGCGUGCCAGCCUCCUCGGACGUGUCAGCACAACGCCAUUGGCCUCUGUGAACUGGGCGCAACUCUUUACAGGGCUAGGCAAGGACAGCAACGGUGACAGCAUAGCAGCACUCCUUGCUACGUUCCUUGCGAAAUGGCAAAAGUCACACCCGAGCUUGGCCCUCCCUGGGGGAAAGCUGGACGAUCCCCGGACUAUCCUCAUCCCGGUGGAUAUCCCACCUGUAACCAUUGUGCACACUACAGACAUCCAGCUCCUCCCUGCUACUGUGGACCCAGACGCGCCGAUCUGCACAAACCAGCUUGUGCCUGCCAACCUUCACCUCAAGUGGACACGGGCGUGGGACACGGCUACGCCGCCGCAAAACCAGUCCGAUCUGGAGUUCAGCUAUGAGGUCAUGGCCCCUGGGGACUCGUGGCUCCUGGGCGGGAGGAAAAAGGGGCACUUUGUUAUCCCUGCGCCUGUGCCCCGCUCCUCUGGUGGUGGUGCUGAUGGAGGAAACGUGGAUGAGUACGACGGCCUCACUAGCACUCUGGAGACAGAGGCAGACAUACCGCUUCUGCUGAUCCCGUUGCGGGAGGGCUGGCUGCCAUACCCCAACGUUGAGAUACGUGAGAUUCGUGGUGGAAGUUCUGCUGCUGGCGGCGGCAGCGGGAGUACCGACAGCGACGGCGGUGCUGGGGGUGCGGGUGACUUUGUCGCGAUAGAGACCGACUACCGGAACCUUGGCGAGACGGUGCGCGUUGUGGCUGAUCGCACCCAGGUCACGCUCAGCCUGGAUGCUGGCGGUCCCGGGGGCGGGCCGCUCGUGCUGGAUGUUGAGAGACGCGAGGUUGAGGGGCGGCAGAUCGUCGGUUGAUUUCCAAAUUAGAGUAGACAUGUAUCCCGAGGAAUCGAGAUCUAGUCGUGAUACAUAGCGCGGCAUGGCCCAAGUCACGAUCACCUGUGCACAAGCUCCAAA